AUGAACUCAAAUUCUCUUGACCUUCUUCUAGCGUUAAAUGGAGGGGAUCCUGCGCCCGUUGCGUUGGAAAUCAGAGACGUCGACGGUCCUUACCCCCUAUCUAGGGUGGCCCUCGCCUGGAAUGACUGCAAUACCACGACAAAACUAGCAAGUUUUAUGCAGACAUCGCUUUUCUUUGAGCUACUGGCUGCAUUCUUGAAUCAUGAGAUUGUUCCAAGCGACUUCAUACGAGAUGGUUUCAUCAACCUUAACACGGACAAAAUGGACAGACAUUUUCGGAGAUGGCGCUCGACCCUCUCGCAACUGUCACGCUCGGCGCAGAACCAAGCGCAAGAGCUUACGCGGACCUUGAUUGGAUUUGCCCAGUACAAUAGUGACCUCUUUGAGGAAGUGGCAGACCAUCUGGGCGAGGAUGAGAUUUUUGACCGGAUCUCACUAUCUGUAAAACUGCUAAUCAAUUUCUUGAGUGAGAUUUCAGAUGAUAGCUUCUCCCUAAUUGGCCCUCCUCCGUCUGGAAUCUCGAACAGUUGGCUUCGUAACGUAGUAUCACGAAGCAUGCACUGGCACAAAACCAACCUGUUCUGGCUCCAAUCGGAUGAUCACCAUGAACUCCUCCAGGAUCGUCUUGACAGGAUGAGCGAGGCCAAUCUUAAGAAUCAUCUGUAUGGCCGGUCAAAUCGGUUCCUACCGUUUCCUCUCGGCGUAGAUCAAGGAGGUCGGGCUGCAAGGCUGAUGUACAAUCUUUUUGUGAAUAACGGCUGGUGUCCGCACCGAGCCCUGCAGCUGUGUCGAUCUUACGAUUACCUUGUGCUCAAUAGCCUGGUUGGUCUGAUACGACGUCCACCCUCUGUGGAAAACCAUGCACAAUGCCUCGAGAUGCGCCGGUGCUGUUCACACAAUCUCGUUUUGGAUGGUCUAGACGAUUAUCCAUUUGCUCAUGACAGCCAUGGAGCUGAACAACAGUGUCCUUUUGUUCAUGUCCCGAUAAACCAACUGAUUGAUAUCAUUGAUUCGAGAUCUAUUCCAUUGAUAUCUCUCAGCCGAGAAGGCGACCUGGAUAUUCAAGUUGUCCGAUGUACACCAUUUAUGUCCUACACUGCUAUCUCGCAUGUAUGGUCGGACGGCAUGGGCAAUCCCCAGUCGAAUUCUCUACCGCAAUGUCAGCUCUUGCGGUUAAGAAGACUCAUAGCGGAGACAUAUAACAUUGAAAACGACCCCCUCUACGAUAACAGUACCGCUUCAUCGAUAGAACGAAAUUUCAUAGCCUGGGAGCUGAGAAAGUCGCAUGCCCAAAGCAGCUAUCGCAAAGUCGACAAGAAACGCAUCUACUUCUGGAUGGACACCCUCUGCAUCCCGACAACGAGCAGUUCACGAUCUGCCCAGCGGAACAAGGCUUUAAAAUUCAUGGCGAUGAAGCACAUCACUCCCAUUUUUGCAAGUGCGACCAAUACGCUUGUACUCGAGAAGCAAAUCCAGUCGGUCCGGUUUCCAGACCCGAGGGACGUCAGCGGAGAUGAAAUAGCAGCGCUCGUUCUCAGCUCCAAAUGGAUGCUACGGGGCUGGACCCUGGAAGAAGGGUCUUUAUCCGCACAGGUUGUCUAUCAUAUAGCCGGCAAGCCAUAUGAGAUGGCUACUACGCUGCACCAUCAGCUCCCCCGACCGGCAAACCAACACUCUCCGGCGGAACGGGCCAACAUCAUCUGUCGUCGGAAGGUACCACUCAUUCUGAAAAGAUCUCUGUUAGAGGAGAAGCUACAUAUGAUGCUAGCAACCCACAGAAAAGCAUUCUAUCUAAGCAAGGAACUCCGAGUUCCACAGUUUGUUUGGGCAUGGAACUCCCUCCUGGAGCGUUCCACGACGAAGGCAGAAGACGGGCCUCUUAUCCUUGCGAAUAUUCUGGAUUAUAACGUUGCAGCUUUCAAAAAUGUGCCAUCCGCCGCAAGGCUGAAACUGUUGAUCCAGAGUUGUGAUGAACUCCCUCUGUCAGUGUUGUACAACACCUCAGGCGAGCGGCUGUCCAUUCCAGGCCAUCCGGAGCUCGGAUGGAUACCCUGCUCUAUUGACGGCGAUCAUCUCAAUGUUGGCGGUGCAUUACGCCGAAUAAAUACCGGACCGUCUUGUAAUAAGAUCACCUACUCUAUUGAUUUUUCUGACUGCGACGUGAGGUCCCUGGUGGCCCUGCGGACCCAACCUCUAGCACCUCUACACGAAUGCCAAACAUUCUUGGUGCAAUAUAGGACACAUCCGAAUGAAGGAUACCACGAAUACAUAGUCCAGUCUCAUUCCACAGAACGAGGGGAAUCUCCACGAGAGGUCGAGCACUACGGCAUUUGUAUUGCGAUCGAUAUAUCAAUCGGCACAUCUUGCCGCCGAGGAAUGACCGGCAGAGGCGUUAGAUUUCGCAUUGAGUCUGAAAGUAGAAACUCAAUAAUCCUACAAUACCAGACACCACUAACCGUUUGGACACGGGAGCAAUGGAAAUUGAGAACUGGACAGGAACCGGCCAAUCUCCCCUGCUUCAGCAUGGAACAUGUACCUUCUUCGCAGCGCCUCCUUCUCCAAUACGGUAAGAACCCAACUUAA